GAUUUAGAUGCACUAUUGUAAAGUGACUGUUCCACUGGAUGUCAUAAGGUGAAUGCACCAAUUUCUAAGUCGCUCUGGAUAAGAGCGUCUGCUAAAUGACUUAAAUGUAAAUGUAAAUCUGCUGCACCUGCUCCAUCCUGCAUCUAUGUGCCAUCGCCCUGGACCACCAGUGGGCCAUCACCAACACCCUGGAGUACGCCUGCAAGAGAUCCCCGCGCCGCGCUGCCAUCAUGGUCACCAUCGUGUGGACCAUCUCCAUCCUCAUCCCAGUGCCGCCUCCGUUCUGGAGGCACAGAGGGGAUGACAACUUCGGUAACUACACCAAGUGUAUCAUCGAGCAUGACCACAUUGGCUACACCAUCUACUCCACCUUCGGGGCCUUCUACAUCCCCAUGGCCCUCAUUCUCAUCCUCUACUACAGGAUCUUCAUUGCUGCCCGGACCUUGUACCACAAACGGAGCUCCUCUGGGAGCCUGUGUAAGAGGAGAGCUAGCAGCCACAAAUGCCUCAGUAGCUGCCGCAUCGCACCAACGUCUCUCUGUGCGUCUGAGCUGUCUACCUCGGAUCCCGUGCUAAACACAGAGCUGAAUAGAGUCAACGAUCCCACCGGCCCAAGCCAGGUAGCGGGGAACUGGGGGACUUGUGAUGAGAGGACCCAGAUCUGUGCCUCCAGAGAGAGGAAGGCUGCCCGCACACUGGGCCUCAUCCUGGGGGCUUUUACCCUAUGCUGGCUGCCUUUCUUUGUUAAAGAGUUGCUGGUGGGCAUCCAGGUGUUUCAUGCCUCAGCACAGGUGUCGGACUUCCUCACAUGGCUGGGAUAUGUUAACUCACUCAUCAACCCCCUGCUCUACACCAGCUUCAAUGAGGACUUCAAAAAUGCUUUUAAGAAACUGCUUCGAUGUAACAAGCGCAAAUAGGACUGCUUUCUUGGCUGUGUCUGGGCUGAUUGUUGAUUGGCUGUAGAAAAUGUAUUAAAGAAGCCAAUUAACAUUCUGAAUCCUAGAAUACAAUUACUGUAAGAGUGGAGUAAAGAAUAUUUAUGAGUCAUGACAUGAUUGCGCCAUAAGCUGAAAAGAGCCUUUAAAUCUCAGACUUUUCAUGUGCUACCCUCAAUGCUUAUUGAGUUACAUCUGCCAGGUCUAGUCUCCAACGCAACCAAGGCCGCGAGAUUUAAAAACACACCGGUAAACAGAAAGAUGAAGAGAUAGUACUGCAUCUUAAAGGGGCAAACAGCAGUUUAAACAAUAACAAAGCGGACACCCCACCACUUUUUUUUGUAAACAGCUGAAGGAUGGGGCUGGAGAAGUGUAAACACUCAAAUUCAUAGACAGAGCAAUGGAUGCAAGGACUGACCAUCCGUGAUAUCAAUAUUAUAGUUAUAUCUAUGUAUUGAGACUAUAAAGGGUUUGUUUACAAUUACUUUGUUUACAACCAAUGGAGUAAAACAAGCUUAUAUUUUGGGUUCUGAUGGGGUACAACAGUUGAAUUUUUACGUUUAGAUGUUAUUUGAUACUAGGAAUGUUGUCAUGUGAGAUGAUCAAGCUUUAUGUAGCUAAAGAUAUCAAUCCCAACUCCUAUACCGAAAUAGCUAAUCAUUGUCUUACCCUUUUCCCUACUUUUGCAACGCAGCAUGUGACUUCAGAGGUGAUGUUCUUUGGGACCAACAUGGUUUUCUUGGACCGUAGUGGGGUUGGAUAAGCUCUGGAGAAGCAGCAAGCCUGUACACUGGUAGAUAGGGGCACACGGGUUUGAGAGGGGGAAGGGGGGUCAAUAUUAGGAAGGUGUUCUUAAUGUUUUGUACACUCAGUGUUUAUCACAAAUAUAAAAGUUAAAAAAUGUAUGUCGCAAUCACAGAUUGCCCCUUUAAUAUUCAACGUUCAUUAUUUCACAUACAGUAUUCAUUGCUUGCAUUCAUGUUAGCUCUGUCCCAGAGGAUUACAAAGCUCGGCCAGGGACUAGUCCUCAUGAUUUAUAUAAGAAACCCCAUUUAUUUCACAACAAAUCUUUCACUUUUGUGUGUAUAUAUUUACUUAUUUUUGGGGGGUUAUAAUCCUGCAUGGAAAGAGGAAUCAGAUAUUCAAAGUAUUAAAAAUUACAUUAGAUUGAAUGAUUUACAAAGCAAAAGACCAUGAACAUAAGUUAAACUAAUGAACCAAUGACCCUGCCUCGCCCUCUGAGACAUAACAG